AUUAUAAGUCUAAACCCCCGGAAAAGGCCGAGAAAGAAAAGGCAGGCAGCAUUAGGUUCCCAGCCACCUCGAUGCAGCACCAAAUACGGCGAUGCGGCGCCGUCGCCUUCGCCGCGCUCCGGCGGGUCCGCCAGUUCCCUCAUCCCACCGUCGCCGCCGCUGCACCUCCUACUGCGGCGUGGAGAUGCCCUUACACUCCCCGCCUCUACUCCACCGCCGACAUGAGCCACCAGCUGCCUGCAAACCUGGUACAGAUCAUGGAGCAGAGAAUGAAAUUGAUAGAGCAGAAGAGUGCAUACCUCCAGGAGCAAAUCAACCAGCCGGCUGCCUCACCGGAGGAAUACUCGAGGGCUAACAAGGAGUUCCACAAGCUGGAGAGCACCAUGGAAUUGAUCAAGGAGCUACGGUCAAAGCAGAAGGAAAUUGAGGGAUUGACAUCCUUGGUGACAAACUCCGUUGAAGAGAAAGACAUGCGUGAAAUGGCAGCCGAGGAGCUCCUUGAGGCUGUUGAGGAGGAGAAACGACUGCAGCAUGAGUUGUUCAGAACUUUGCUUCCGAAAGAUGAAGCUGAUGAGAGGGACUGUAUAUUGGAGGUGCGAGCAGGAACUGGAGGAGAAGAAGCGUCUUUGUUUGCUAUGGAUAUAUUCAAAAUGUCGGGUGGAUGUUCAUGUUUCGCCGGAUCAAAUGUCUGUUGUGACCCUUGGUCUGUCUUAUCAACUAACUUCAUUCUUCUAUGUUAUAGGUAUGAGAAGUAUUCCCAAAAUAAUGGGUGGAAAUUUGAUACUAUUGACAUAAUGGAGUCUGCUGUAAAAGGAUACAAGGAAGCUAGUGGGACCAUUUCAGGUUCUGGGGUUUACGGGAAACUUAAAUUUGAGAGUGGUAUUCAUAGAGUUCAGCGAGUGCCAGUAACUGAGAAAUCUGGACGUGUACACACUAGUGCUGUAUCAGUCGCUGUUCUUCCUCAAGCGGAUGAGGUUGAUGUCCAACUGCGUAAUGAGGAUUUGAGAAUUGAUACCUACAGAUCAGGUGGCUCUGGAGGCCAGUCUGUCAAUACGACUGAUAGUGCUGUUAGGAUAACUCAUCUUCCAACUGGAACAGUGGUUGCAAUACAAGAUGAGAGAUCACAGCAUCAGAACAAGGCCAAGGCUCUCAAAGUUCUCCGGGCAAGACUAUAUGAAUUGGAAAGGCAUAGGCUCCAUGCAGACCGGUCGAAGCUCCGAUCAGAGCAGAUUGGAAGUGGUGACAGGUCUGAACGCAUCCGGACAUACAACUUCCCACAAGGGCGUGUCACCGACCACCGUGUCGGGGUCACGCACCACUCCAUAGUGGACGUCAUGGAGGGAGAGAGCCUGGACGUCUUCAUCGAAGCACUGCUGCUGCAAGAAGAGAUGGAUGCAAUUGCUUCGUUUGCUUCUUGAGCCCUAAUUUUUGUGGAUUUCUUCCUGGAGCGACAAACCACAUCAUAAACACACAGAACACUGAACCAACAAAGAGAAAAAACUUUAGGAUUCACACAGUGUAUUGUUCGGCUGUUCUGAGUUGUCAUGUUUAUCUGAUACUUGCUAUCUCGGGUUAUGGUCUUACGAUCAUUUGCUGUCUUUCGUUGUUUUGUGA